AUGCAUGGACCCAUUUUAAAAGAUCCGGUAGCCGUGUUUCUCCUCAGGUUUAGUCCGUUAGCACGUUUAACCAUUGUGAUUUUUGGUGCUGUGCUGAUACAUCUCUCUCUAGGAACAUAUCAUACUUUUGGAAAUAUGCUGCCAUACAUGGCAUCAUAUAUGCAUAACAAUACAGAUCCAACAAUAAAUCCUGAAAUGUUAGUUUGGAUACCUACUUUUCAAGGUUGUUUCCCGUUUGCGAUGAUCAUUGGCGGUUUUAUAGAUGCUAAAUUUGGACUGAGGUUUUCCGCAUCAUUAGGGUGUAUUAUCAUGACGACUGGUGUUUUUCUGUCUUACUGGACGAUCAGGAGAUCAUUUAUAGCAUUUUUGGUGACGUAUGGAAUAAUGUUUGGAUUUGGACAAGGAAUAGCUUAUGUUCUUACCGUUUCAUGUGUCAUCAAUUGGGCUCCAAAACAUGUUGGAUUUGUUAGCGGUAUUGUAGCGGCUGGUUUCGGUAUUAGUUCAUCUAUAUUUGCUCCACUUCAGACUAUCUAUCUCAAUCCGCUAAAUCACAAACCGACUGUAUUUGCUUAUUUCACAGACAAAGAUGUCAUUGCUCGAGUACCAUCAAUAUUUUAUACUUUUGCAGUCGUGUAUGGAAUUAUGCAGGCUAUUGGUCUAAUAGUUAUUUGUAAUCCCGUUGAUGUGGAUGAGCAAUCGGAAGCACUUCAAAUGCAAAUUUCAACUUCAGUGUGGAAUUGGUUUGAUGUUUUUGAAAGUAAAUGCACUUCGUUUUCUCAUAAUAUGAAGCAAUACACUUAUUCAAGAUUACGAACAUUCAGUCAAGGAUCCAUAAGGGAACAGGAACAGAUAUCGUUGAGUCCUUUACAAAUGUUGCAAAGUUCAACUUUUUAUUGGCUAUUUUGUGCUCUAUUCUGUUGCUCAUUUUAUGGAAAUAUGUUUUACAAUCUCUAUAAGACAUUCGGGGAAACAUUCAUUGAUGAUGAUAUGUUUAUAGCUUGUGCAUUUAGCAUAGCUUCAAUAUGUAAUGCUUUGGCUCGCAUAGGAUGGGGUAUCUUAGCUGAUCGUACUAGUUUUCAGGUAUCAUUGUCAUCUGCUACUUUUCUGGCCACAAUGUUAUUGCUAACAAUGCCACUUACUCCAGCCGGUGGGAAAUGGAUCUAUUUUAUCUGGAUGAAUCUCAUGUUUAUAUGUCUAGCAGCUACUCAUGCCCUUUUUAUAACAGCAUCCGUUAAAUGCUUCGGAUCUAAUCAUAAAUCGAUCAAUUAUGGAUGUUUAAUUCUUUCCACUACAUUGAGCGCAAUUCUGCUAGCAGUUGGUUGUGAGUAUGUUUUAACAGUUGUUGGAUAUGCGUUCUCCUUCCUUAUUACAGCUAUUUUGGCUUUUCUUGCAUUUCUUUUGGCAAUUACAAUGCAACGCACCACACGAGGUCAUUUUAUUACUUGA